AUGGAGGUCAUGGAAGACACACUGCACCUGCAAUUGCAUAAGCUAUCAGCCCUAAAAUCAGAGGAAGCACUUGACCAAUUGCUUUGCACUCUCUGGAAAACCAGGAAAACCGGUCUCCACUCCCCCCACCAAAAGUCCCACUUCCAAUCUCUCCUCAAUCUGCCUUCUCUUUCACAACUCCUUCCCGUUUUGGCAUGCCUUCGAUCGCUUAUCAGAAAAUGGGUACAUGAAAACCUCACUGGUGAUGACCUUUUGAAGCUCUUCCCUCCCGAUUUACCGCUCGAUUUGCAGAGCAGUUUGGUGGUGUUGUUCCACAAGUAUCAGUCUCAAUGGAAGGAUGAAGUAGUCCGAGAACAGCUGCGUUCAUUGCCAAGGACUAGUGUUUCGUAUCAGGUCAAGACAAGUGUGCCGCCAUCUUUCACGACUUUGGGUAGCUCAUGCUCAUUUAGCGAUUUUGGAGCUUCAUCAACACCGAUUGUUACUGGGACCAAUGCGUCUCGGCUCACUCCCAUGUCUCCUCCAAUUCUUCAGGUGGGAAUUCUACCUCGCCUAAAGUCAAUGACUUGGACCAUGGAGAACUGUAACUCAGGGCCGGCUAAUAGAGUGGCUGUCAUCAAUCUUAAGUUGCAAGAUUAUACCAAAUCUCCUUUAGAUGAAAUCGAGGUGAAGUUUCAACUGAGUAGGGACACUCUUGAAGCUAUGCUGAGAUCAUUGACUUACAUCAAGGAACAACUCUCAAGCAUGAGUAGAGAUAUAGGGAUGUGGGUGUUGCCUGGGACAUAG